AUGAAUUCAAUUCACAGUCAAUUGAUGUAUUUGCAAAGCUACCUAGGGCAGAUGAGUCCGAUUUCGGAGGAACUAAUAUCGGACUUAAGAACAUCUAUAAUCAACUAUUGGCAUUCGGCAUCGUGGUUUGAACUAGCGAGAGACUAUCUGUUUGUGCUGUUCUGUCUGCGUAUUAUACGGCGCGUUUGGUCUAAUGUCUACGGUUACGGUUUGCUUACAUCGCUCACGUUUCUGAUUAAAGCCGUUGCUAAAAAAGGUUUUAAUGCGUUAUUUGGCUUUGCAGUGUUCAAGUCCAAAGUCGAUGAGAGAGUUCAAAAAACGAUUGCGGACAUCGAAACGAGUCUUAUGAAGAAUGAUUCGACGUUGACCGAUUUUCGAAGCUUGCCUCGCAUAGGUCUUAGUAAUCAGGACGUUCUGAAAGAGCUAGACUUAUCAAAAUCGGUGCUCAAGCAUUCGGACUGGGAAAAUGGGAAAGUGUCUGGAGCUGUGUAUCAUGGCGGGGAUGAUUUGAUACAUUUGCAAAGUUUAGCAUUCGAGAAAUACUGCGUUGCCAACCAACUUCAUCCCGAUGUUUUCCCCGCAGUUAGAAAAAUGGAAUCCGAAGUUGUAUCAAUGGUUUUGAAAAUGUUUAACGCUCCUUUGGACACUGGGUGCGGUGCCACCACGUCUGGAGGUACCGAGUCGCUCUUGCUAGCGUGUCUUAGUGCCAAAGUGUACGCAAAACGGUAUCGCGGUGUCACUGAGCCCGAAAUUAUUGUACCAGUCACAGCGCACGCUGGAUUUGACAAAGCCGCUUAUUAUUUCGGUAUCAAGCUUCACCACGUUGAAUUGGAUCCAGCCACCUACAAAGUUGAUAUUCGAGCGGUCAAGAGGUUGAUUAAUAGAAAUACUGUACUUCUAGUUGGAUCCGCACCAAAUUUCCCACACGGGAUUAUUGAUGACAUUGAAGCGUUAGGCAAACUAGCGGAACGCUACCACAUCCCGCUGCACGUCGAUUGCUGUUUAGGCUCUUUUGUCAUUGCAUUCAUGGAAAAAGCAGGCUUUUCAGACGUAGCACCGUUUGAUUUUCGUGUACCCGGUGUCACUUCUAUAUCUUGCGACACCCACAAGUAUGGGUUUGCGCCCAAGGGAUCUUCGGUUAUCAUGUAUCGUAACCGCGAGCUGCGAUCAUGUCAGUACUACUUGUCGACGGAAUGGACCGGUGGACUGUAUGCGUCACCCACGUUAGCUGGAAGUAGACCCGGUGCACUUGUCGUUGGUUGUUGGGCCACCAUGGUACAUUUGGGUGAAGCUGGGUACACCGAGUCUUGCCGAGAAAUUAUACAAACCGCGCGCAAACUCAAGACUUUCAUACAGGAUGAAGUUCCCGAGCUUGAAAUCCUAGGAAAUCCGCAAUGCUCCGUCGUUUCCUUCACUUCAACGGAAAUCGACGUUUACGAAUUGUCAGACAAGCUGUCGAAAAAGGGUUGGCAUUUAAGUGCACUCCAAAGACCUCCUGCGCUACACCUGGCAGUCACAAAACUGUCAAUAUCUUCUGCUCAUGAACUUAAACAAACAUUAUUAGAAACUGUCCGAGAAUUGAAACAACUGGAUUCCAAACCUGCCUCUGACGGAACAAGCGCCUUAUACGGCAUCGCAGGAAGCGUACAAACGACGGGGAUAGUUGACAGAUUGCUUGUAGGAUUUCUCGACACGUUAUACAAAGUUGAUCCAGAUGUCCAGAGUAACUAG